CGAUACCAGCCCUAGCAUACCAGCCCUACGCGCAGCACGGCCAGCGCGGCCAGCGCCUCGUAGACCUACAUUCGCGCGCAGACGGAAAAACAGCCCCGUCGACGGGCACCGCGUUCCUCCUCCCUCGGCCCUUCCCGAGGCCCCUCGCCGUCCUGGAGUAUCCUGGAGUAUCCUGGAGUAUCCUGGAGUAUCCUGGAGCAGCGUGGGACCACAGAAAUGGCGUCCGCGUGUCCGUCGACGGCCCUCACAGCGCGGAGCGAACCCUGGCACCAGCAGGCCAAUUCUCCAGCUGGGCGCUGCGUCCAUGCCGAGAGCUGAUUCCCCCCACUUUUGCGCCCCAUCAACUUUGAUCAAACCCCUCGGUUUUGAAUGGCAGAGUGCACCCCCGCCUCGUCGAGCUGGUCCAAUGUGAGCAGAGGAAGCCAGCGGUACCGGGAUUUGGACACAGCCGCCAUGCACUUCUGGAUCGACAAGCGUGGUGCCACCGGUUCGGUGCCGCACCACGGGGGCCGCUACAGCCAGCGGGUGUCCGCCUCGCUGUCCUCGAGUAGGCUACCUCCCGGAGCAGCCCAGCAGCGGCGGCGCCGCCCCGGCCGGUCGUCGCGCUCCAGCUCGCAGAAUGCCGCCAAGACCACGGCGCCGGGGGUGCACCGCGGCAACGGGGACGCCUCCUCGUCGGGGACCACGACGGCGCCGUCGGCGUUGACCGCCGCCGGCCUGGUGGCCUCCUCGGGGGCGUCCGGCGGGUCGCGAGGCUCGACGGGGUCGGGCAUCCGUCCGCACGGCCACCCCGCGCUGCUGGUGGACAUCCCCCUGGACGGGCCGCACGCCCACCACGCGCACCACGCCGCGCUGCACCAUGCCUCGGCCGGCGGCAUGGCCUCGGACCGCGCCGACAUGUUCGGCAUCGGCGCGUUGCCGCUGCCCGUGCACGAGAGCCCCCCCGUCCUCAUGGACCGCUUCACCUGCGGCCUGUGGGCGUCCUUCGCGCUGGCGUCCGUGUUCGUGGCCGGCACCAAGUUCUACCUCGACUUCCAGAGCUCCGGCAUGGAGGCCAUGGUGCUGUCGCUGCUGCUCAUGAUCUUCCUCAUGGUGGGCUGCACCGCGUCCAUCUGCCGAGCGCGCGUCAACUCGCAGCUGGCCGCCGCCGCGGCCGCCGCCACCGCCUCGGCGCUCAGGGACCCCGGCCCCGGGGCGCUGCGGCGGGGGCACCUCGGGGACUCCGGCGACCUCGUGGUAAUGUCGCAGGUGGUGAUCGACCGGCCGGGCAUGGACUCCUCGUGUCCGGGCCUGGGGACGGGCCAGCCCACGCAGCAGCACCAGCUACUGCAGCAGGUGCAGCAGGAGCAGCUGGCCGAGCAGCAGCUGAGCACGGAGCCGCCGCCGCCGUACCACAUCGCCAUGCUCGACGAGCAGCCGCCGCCCGCCUACGAGAAGGUCGUCACCUAGGCGAGCAGCGCCUGAGCCGCGCCGCACAUGGGCCUCUCUUUUCGGCGCGUUCCGGAGGGCCGUGGCCUCGCUUCCGGUUCGGCGCGACGCGACGUCUUGCCCGGAAGUCGCCUGGCGCCCGAACAGUGGCGGGGCACGGCCCAUGGCACGGCCCAUCCCAUGGCGCGGCGCCGCCGCCACACGCAAAGAUGCUUCCUUUCUCGAGGCCAGGCGAGCCAGCCUGCCCGUCGACCGGGCGAGGCCAUGCCGACAAAGGCCAAGGACGAACCGCGUUUGGGCGACUGUACACGCUCGCGGCUCGCGCGGUCCGACCGAGUGCGUCAGUGACAAGUCCACCUCCAGGGGCCUGGCCCGCGGCCCGUCGGUGGCUAUUCCAAACUGUGUCAAGUGACCAGUGCCCCACCCAGCGCCCAGCUCGGCCAGGGCGUGGCAGGGAAGUCCCAGGGCACGCCACUGCCAACUUGCCCGCGGUGAAAGCGGUGCUUUUGUCCGCGGCUCUGCCGUUGAACAGCGGAGAGCGCGGACUCCCUGCCCUGCCGCGCGCUGCGAGCGUCGCGUCGGCCCGUCGGCCCGUCGGCCACAGAUAGGCUGUUUGUUGUAAAGCCCGCCAUGUGACGCGGGAAACUUUGCCCUCCCUGACUCAGCCUCGGCAUGCGAUGACUGCGACCGCCGUGUGAUCCUGGCCGCGUCCUGCCCGUCGUGCCGUCCUUCGGUCCUGCGGCCCUUCGGCCUCGCGGUGACGUCCCUCCGGCCUUGGCGUUCCAGCCGAGGUGCGCCCCAGCCCCCCGCACCCAACGACGAACACGAACAACCUACACUGCCGCUCGCCGUCCCUCCACGCCCUCCUCGAGGCCCUCAGGGCGCAUGCAUGCCGCCACCUUAGUGUGUUCUGAUCCCUUCGCCUCGGGCCGAGCAGGGGCGACUCCAAGUGUGAUAAGACCGAACAGAACGAACAGAGAAGUAAAAGCAAGUUGCAUAACGUUGUCGAUACCCCGCGCCCCAGUCUACCCCCCAGUCCCGUCGCGCCGUCUCUACCCCCUGCUCGGACUCUCUGUAGCCAAGUGGCGCUGCCGUUGAAAGUUUGUCAAUCCAAAUUUGUGACUAAAGUGAAACUGCAAGUUAUUUUUUACCAUUUAUGUACAACGACGACGCGGAGUGGGCUGUCUUCCUUCGAAGUCCAGAAAUUUUUAUAGUCUUUUUCGAUGCUUCUUUGCCUCUCGAAGGCCAUCUGUCGUGAAGGCAGGGAAUUACUUCUAAGGUUCUAGAGACUUGCCAUGUUCCAUGGUCGGACGGGCCUAGGCCUAGUUCCGGCCAGUGCUGCCAUCUGUCUGUAUUGGGAUGAAGCUGCCACGCCACCUUGGGAGUUAAAUCGUGAGUCUUGGGACUUCCCUUUCAAUCGCGUUGAUUGGCAGUUCUUUGUGAGAAAGACAACGAAUGUAGGAGGCUGUCAGAUUUUGACUCCUCCAAGCUGGAAAUUUUUGAAUAGGCUACGCUACUUACCUACGGACUGUCUGUGUCUAAUGCAAAAGUACCCGCUGUUGUCUAUGCAGCAAAGCGCUAGUGUAAACUGUGAUUUAGAAUAAGAAUUUAGAGAAUUAUAUGGAACUUAGGGAUCCACUUACUGCUACUGGAUAGGCCAACUGGCGAAUUCUGCCCAGAAACCCAAGAUGUAAUAAAGAAAAUGUAAUAAAUAAAAUGUAAUAAAUGCAAUGAAACAAGACUCAAUAAAAAAAU